UGCUAUCUUUACUAACAUUUUAGAAUGAUUUAACUGCGACUAUUUUUAUAAAACAAUGUAAAGACCAACACACACAUUGCGCUCGACUCAGGUGAGAGUACGCGAAAUUUUUUCACUGCUGUGGUUUUUCUUUCUCUUUCUACUCGUAUCUAUUUGCCGGCUACGACACUUUGUAAUGACCGUGCUUUUUUUUCGCCCCCUAAUGGUUAAUUAGCCUGUAAUAAUUAAACGUUUUUGUCUAUUUUCGCGGCGGUCUAACGGUGGUGAUCGAUGCGGGUAUUAUUUAUUUCGAUUCGAGUAUUUAAUAAGCGGUGCUGGAGGUGUGUUUUUUUCACACCAUAUUAUAGUGAUAGUGGUGCUCUUUAAUAAUCUAAUUGCGCGUUAAUGUGCCGGCUGUUGUGCUGAUAAAAAUGUGCAUAUUGGCGAUAUUUUUAUCCGAGUGACCGCUCUGUGUCUCCUGGUUUCAUACCUUCUGCAAGACUGCCACUGCCAGCCUACCUAUUAAUUAAUGUAUUUCGCCGAAAUUGACUCAACCAGUUGCACGAGAUGCAACAUAUUAAACCUAUGGGAAAGGGGGACCCUUUGUGUCCACUGGGAUUCCAUCCUCAAGUACGAUGGCCUACCAGAUGCAAAAGAUGUUUUAGAGACUACAAAGAACACGGAAAUCGUAAUAAAGACCAAGACUAUAAAUUAAAAAGAAACGAUACAACAGCUUCAUCUCCUACUCUUUCAUCAUGGAAUUCAAAACCAGUCGAAGAAAAAAACAACGGAACCAUUGGUACCAGAUCAUGGACCAGUACGAGUAAUUUAAACAUAGACAGCACAUCUGCCCCAAAAAACUACGAAAAUUCCAAAGCUUCGUCGUGGACUUCGACUCCAGAUUUAGAUAAAUUGUCUAACGAUACAAAGCCUUCUGUAGAAACUACCGCCAGUGUGACUUUGCCUAGGAGAAGGCCGCAGCCAAAAAAUGAUGAAAACUCGGAAGAUGAUUAUCGUCGUACGCAGUACACGGUUCGAAGGCGAACCAGUUCCAAUUUACUCAACAAGAUUUCUACCAUUGAAGAGAACGAUUCGACUAAAAAGAAUGAGGUGAAUUCAGUCAAUUACACAAAUAAUAACGAGCUUAGGAAUAAUAUCCCCAAUGACUGCAAAGAUGAUGCUGAAUCUGAUGUAUUUACGGAUGCUGCAAGCACCAUACAUACCGAUGAUACUGAGACUAUUGUUAAUAGUGAUAUUUUACAGGAGCAAGUAGAAAGCUUAAAAUUAGAACUAUCUGGUAUGAAAAUGCGUUGUGAGAAAGCAGAAAAAGAGAAAAACGAUAUGCUGAUGAGAAGGGUUGCCUCUUUGGACAAUUCGAUGUCAACCAAAACAACAUCAUCUGAGCUGACCAAACUUCAAGAAAAAAUAAACAAUUUGAACGAAACGUGCGAAAAUUUGCAAAAAGAAAAGAAAACUCUGAUGAAAAAAAUCGAAACACUGGAAAACAAAAAAUCCAAUAAAUCUUCUACUGAUUCGGAAAUCGAAACUCUCAAGUCAAAAUUACACGCAGCCGAGUCAUUAUGUGAAGAGUUGAUGGACGAGAAUGAAGAAAUGAAGCGUGAAUUGAAAGAUAUGGAGUACGAGAUAGAGGAAAUGCAAGAUAAUUUCAGAGACAAUCAAGCCGAUGAAUACUCGUCGAUUAAAAAAGAACUCGAGCAGACAGCAAAGAACUGUCGAAUUCUAUCGUUCAAGUUGAGAAAAUCUGAACGAAAAGUAGAACAAUUAGAGGCUGAUAAAUUUGAAUCAGAAAGGAAAUCUAGAGAGGCUGUUUUAAAACUGCAAAAAGAACUAGAGGAAGUGAACGAGAAGCUGAAGUUGAGUAGUAACGAAGACGUUAAGAAGAAAGCUCCAAUGUUAGGAAACAUUCCAAAAACCCCCUCCGGCGAAAAAGUUUCAAGAGCUUCGCUAACCAGAGGCGGAUCACAAGAAGAUCCAGCUCAACUUUUACGAGACUUACAAGACUCGAUAGAACGAGAGGCGGAUCUUCGCGAGCAACUACGCUACGCCGAAGAAGAAGCUCAAAAUUUGCGUAAGAAGGUUUCCCGUGUUGAAGAUGAUAACGAAUCCUUACUUAUGCAAUUGAAGAAAAUGGCUACAAAAGCCAAAAGUCGUAAAUCCAGUCCUACGCAUUCCCGUUUAAAUCCCGAAUCUGCUGCCGAGAAAGAUGAAGGUAUAUCAGAUGACGAUGAUCCGACAGAACUUAGAUUAUUAUUAGAGCUUAAUGAACAAGAGACGGCUGUGUUACGUAAAAAAGUAGAAGAAUUAGAAGAAAACUGUGAUAUUUUAAAGAGGAAAGCAUCUGACCUUCAGGAUAAGCUUUUAACAAAGGAUCAGAAGAUUAAUCCACUCGGCAAGAGGGAAUCUAACAAACUUCUCGAAGCUGAAAUAGCAGAUCUCAAGAACAAAUUAUUAGAAAAAGAUCGCGAAUGUAAGCAACUGGAUUCGGAAUUGUCUUUAAUCAAGAAGAAAUCGAAGAAUUUACAAAAAACCAGAUCGUUGGAUGGUGAUCAGUCUACUAUCGAUUCGCAACGUCAGCUGAAAAUAGUCGAGCAAGAAGUGAGCGUACUCAGAGCACGAAUAUCUUCAUUGGAAAAUGAAAAUGAACAGCUUCAAGCUGCCAGUAAACAACUCACUAUUACUAAACUAUCGAAAAAAGCAAGUUCUCAGAACGAGACUGAGCUUAAAACCAAGAUAUCAUCUUUGGAAAAACAACUGGCAGAAAAACGUUUAUCGAAAAUCAAAGAAACUAAUAAAAAAGCUGGCGAAGAGAUUGAACAAUUACAGCGCAAGGUUACCGAGCUCGAAUCGGAUAAUGCGAGACUGAUUACGAAUUUGAAAGUUUUAAAAGAAGGUAAUUUGGACGGUAUUAAAGAAUUACACGGUAAAAGGACGCCAAAAAUAAUAUCAGAUACGACUUCCAAAGCUGCCCUAAAAACCAUGAUACAAGAAUUAGAAAACGAAAUAGACGAGAUUUUAUUCAGCCAAGAAAAGUGCCUCUCAUUAUACAAAGAGAAACUAGAAAAAGAAUCCAAUAGUCAAGAUAAAAAACACUUGAUUUUAGAAUUAGAUAAGACCAAACAAACGUUGGAAAAAGUUCUAGCAGAGCAAAAAGAAGAGAAAAUGAAAUUCGAAAAAGAAAAGGAAAAACUACUCAAUGAUAAGAAGAAACUUGAAAAUGCUCGAAGUAAAUUAGAAGGUGCUAAAAAUAAAGAAAAAGAAAACGAAGAAGAGAAAAAGAAAUUGCAAUUACAAUUAGAAGAAUUAAAGGAACAGAUGACACGUCUGACUAAAGAGCUUAAAAAUUCUCAAGAAAAACAACACGAAACGAACGAUCAAUUAUCAUCUGCUUAUAGCGAAUUGGAAGAAAAAAGAAAAUUAGUAGAUAAAUUGAAAAUUGAAUGCGAAAGUGCUCGAGAUACGAUCAAAGAAGAUGGAAAAUUGAAAUCAGAGAUUUCAGAUAAAAAGAAUAAAAUCUCAGAGCUGGGGAAAAAAUUACAAGAACUGGAAGAAAAAUCUAGAAAAUCAGAACGUUUGGUUCAAGUGAAAAAAGAAAAAAUCAUGACAAUGGAGAAAGAACUGGAAAAUAUGAAAAAAGAGAAUCUCUCCAAGAAAAGUGCAGAACAAGUGGAACGUGAAAAAUGGACUCAAAAAGAGACUGAAUUAAAGGACUCGAUUAAUGAAUUAAACAAACAGAUCAAAGCUUUGAACACCAAAGUGGAAGAAAAAGAUAAAAAAAUUAAAGACUUGGAGGAAUCAAUUAAACAAAAAUCACUCAAUAAUAAAAAUCAAACUGCUGCAACAUCCAAUGCGAAAAUUUCAGAGCUCGAAUCGAAAUUAUCAUCUGCUCAAAAUGAAAUUAAAACGUUAAAUGACAAACUCAAACAGCUUGAAACUGAGAAACAAGAAAUUGAGAAGGUGGCAGCUGCUUCGAACGAUCUGAAAACUGCAGUUAAAAACUGGAAAACGAAUGCUGAAAAACUGAAAUCAGACUUAGAAUCUGAAAGAGCUUCCAUCAAACAAAUCAAAGAAGAACAAACGAAACAACUCGAAGAAAAAGAUGCUGAAUUGAAAUCACUCAAGAAAAAGAUCCUUAACGUGGGCGAUAAAAAAAUGAACGAUAUCAAGAAAGAUUUUGACUCCAAGAUAGAAGACUUUAGAAAGCAGCUGGAAGGAAAACAAAAGGAUUACGACGAACUUACUGCGAAAUAUGAACAACUGGAAGACGAACACGUUAAAAUCAAAAGUCAAAUGAAUUUGCAAAAGGAACAAAUGCAAAGCCAGGUACUGUGUGGUCAAAGAGAGCUGGCAACGGUACAAAAUGAAUUACGCACCUUGAGAGAAACUUAUAACAACAGACAGGAUAACUGGAUCAAAGAAAAAUUGCGUUUGGAGGAAAAAAUAAAAGAGCUAGAUAACCUAUUACUGAACAACGAAACUUUCAAAUUAGAGCACAAUAAAGUUAAACUUUUGCUCGAAGUCAAAGAAUCCGAACUAGAAAAACUUCAUAAAGAAAGCAUUCAACAACGAGACCAACUAGAACACAUGAGGAAAGAAAAUGAAGAACUGCAGAAAAAACUAGACGAUUUCGAUAAAGUGAUCAAAGUUCAACGUAACAUCGUAGCCGACGCUUCAGCUCUGGAAACCCAAAUAACCGAAUUAAAAGCUAAACUAUACAACGAAGAAAAAUCUCGUAAAGUGGAAGUGGCAGCCUUAAAACUUCGCUACGAGAACCACGUUUCAGCCAUUUCAGCCGAACUAAAAGAUGUUCAAGCACAAGUGAUGAGAUUUAAACACGAACGAAACAAGUACAAGCAGUUGUUGGAAAGUGCUCAAAAAACUGCCACAGAGAAUAAACCUGCACUGUCAGCACAGCCAACCAAUUCCGAAGAGGCUGAAGAGUUGAAAUCACAAAUAGCAACGCUGGAACAACAAAUCAGUUGCAUGGAAGAUGAACUGUCCGAGGCGAGAAUUGAAAGUUCUAGAAUAAAGACUGAAUUAGUUUCUGAAAGAUCAGCGUGGGAUGUUAAAGUAUCAGAGAUGACUUCUCGAAUUAACGAAUUGGAAGAAGAAAGACUCUUCCAGUCUGGUAGAACGAAAACAGCAGGUUUAAAAACAAGAAUGGAACUAGCUUGGCAAAAGGAACGCGAAGAACAAAACAGGCUUCUGCAAGAGACUUCAACAUUGGCUAGAGAUCUUCGUCAAACUUUAUUCGAGGUGGAAAGAGAACGAGACAAAGAACGACUGGAAAUUAAACGAAGACUCGAACAAAUGAAAAAGAAUGCUGACGAAGAGCAAGAAGAAACCAAAAAGAAGCUCCACGAAUUACAAUGUGAUUUGCUUGAAUUACGCGAUGCUCAUGCUAAAUUGCGUACAACCAACGAAAAGUUGAGACGUGAGAAGGAAAGAACAGACAGAGAUAAAGAUGUAAUCAGACAAACUAGUAGACCCAACGGUGCUGAAUUUGAUCAGAAGAAAAUUAAUUAUAUUUUAGAUUUAGUUAGUGAGUUAUCAAAAACUGUACCUUUGAGCGCUGAUAAAGGGCUCCCUCCAGUUCCCAAUAAAAAACAAUCUUCCUCUCGCGAAUCUUCCGUUGAAUUAAGAAACACAUCACGUGAAAGCUCGGUAGCCAAAGACGACUUCAAUACUGGACAGCAACAAAUCCUCCAAAGGUUAUUCGAAGCAACCAGACAAAUCAAAGCUAAUCAAUACACCCCUAAUUUUAAUAGGGACGUUGCCAGGAAAGCUUUUGUUUCAAGAAGACCUGCUUCCACUGAAUCGGAUAAAGUUGCAGAAGUAGGAGGUGGACUUCAGAGAAGGGGUAGUUUGUACAGAAAAUGUAUAUCUUUGGAACAAACUGCUCCAACAGGCGAGCCUCAAGAACAAAUGAUUUGGAGAACGGACGAAGACACGGAUGGAAGUUUGACCAGUUUCCAAUCAUUCGACGACUCGUACAAUCCUCGAGCUAAUAUUAAAUUUGAUCAAACAUUUGAUAGUCGUUUAUCCGGUGGUUCAACUCAUAGUGAAAUGUUACCAUCAACUUUGGAACGAAAAAAGAAAAAAGGCUUGUUGGGUAAACUGAAAAAAUUCGCUAAAUCAUCUCGAAGCAUCGACGAUGACUCGGAUACAUUUCCAUUAGGUUCAGCGAGUCAGGGUAAUCCGGGUUCGAAUAGUAGUAUUUCUUCGAAUAUCAUUCCCGAUCAAGAAUCCGUUCCUAGAAGAGAUCUCAAAGGUCGUAUUAGUGAUUUGUUCAAGAAAUCCGACUCGCGAAGUAACAGCAUGGAACGUACGCCUAAUACUACAUCUUCGUUUGAAAUAACCGACGGGUCUGGCACAUACGAUAAACGAAUUACCGAAAGUCAAACGUUACCGAGAAGAUCGACGUCAUCCUCCACUAAGACUGACAAACAACUUGCACCAACACUCAGAGCCGGAGCAACGAUGCCUCGAAACGUAUCGCAGAAGAAACCAAGAUCAUAGGAAAAUUCCAACUCAACGUGAAUUAGGCUGGAUAUGAUCGCGAUUUAUAUAUUUACGAUUGUACUUUGCUAAUUUGUAAGAAAAAAAUAAAGAAAUUUAAAUAA